AUGAACAGACUCCCUAUGCUGCGAACAGCUGCUAGAACUGGCGUGGCCAUGCUCAAUUCACAAUCUCGCGCAGCGCUUCUGCUUGCUUCCGGUCGCCGAGGCACUGGCAUGCAGAUUGUGACCCGGUCGUACGGCUCUCGGUCCCAAACCAGUCUCAACUAUUUUCAGCGCAAUGACCUGCCUGCCAACACUGUUAUUCGGUUUGUACCUCAGCAAACUGCUUGGGUUGUCGAGCGCAUGGGAAAGUACCAUCGCAUUUUGGAGCCCGGCUUAGCCAUUUUGAUUCCGUUUUUGGAUAAAAUCCGUUAUGUGCAGUCUCUCAAGGAAUCCGCAAUUGAAAUUCCCAGUCAGAGCGCCAUUACGGCUGACAACGUGACCCUCGAAAUGGAUGGUGUUCUGUAUAUUCGUGUUUUUGAUGCAUACAAGGCGUCUUAUGGCGUCGAGGAUGCCGAGUAUGCCAUUUCUCAGCUCGCCCAAACAACAAUGCGCUCAGAAAUUGGUCAGCUUACACUCGACCAUGUUUUGCGUGAGCGCCAAUCGCUCAAUGCCAACAUUACAUCUGCCAUCAACGAGGCUGCUCAAGAUUGGGGUAUCAAGUGUCUCCGUUAUGAGAUUCGUGACAUUCACCCACCUGCCAAUGUCCUUGAGGCCAUGCAUCGCCAGGUCUCUGCGGAGCGUUCCAAGCGUGCUGAGAUUCUUGAGUCUGAGGGUCACCGACAAGCUGCCAUUAACAAGGCUGAGGGUCUUAAAGAGUCCACUAUUCUGGCGUCCGAGGCUAUCAAGACUGAAAACAUCAACACUGCGUCUGGUGAAGCUGAAGCCAUUCUUGUCAAAGCAAAAGCUACUGCUGCAGGUAUUCGCCAAAUUGCAGAGGCAAUCCAGCAAACUCCUGGAGGAAAGGAUGCCGUCGCUCUUCAGAUUGCAGAAAAGUAUGUUGACGCGUUUGGCAAGUUGGCUAAGGAAAGCAACACCGUUGUCGUGCCCGCCGGUUUGGGUGACUUGGGUGGCUUCAUUGCAAGCGGUAUGGGUAUCUUUGAGAAGGUCCGUCAGGGCCAGCAACAGAUUGCUUCUAAGGAAGCAUUGACUGACAAGGCUGUCGCAUCUGCUUCAGCUCCUGCUGCUGCUUCCAAGAUUUCUGCACAUGAUGCUGCGGAUCUCAACGAUAUUGACUCCAUCAUUAAGGCCGUCGGCGAUGUUAAGCCAUAA